CGCCGGGGGUGGGGGAGGAGAGGAGAUGAGCGCGCGGAGCGGCACGAAGCGGUUCGCAUUCGUCCGUCAGGAGCCGAGCGGCGGCCGUGAGGUGCUGGAGGUCGCCGUUGCCGAGGUACUGGAUCCUCAAUAUGGCAUGUAUGUGUGGCCAUGUGCGGUGGUCCUGGCACAAUACAUAUGGUUUUAUAGAAGAGCAGUAAUAGGAAAGACCGUGUUAGAGAUUGGAGCAGGUGCAAGCUUACCUGGUAUUGUGGCAGCAAAAUGUAGAGCUAAAGUUAUUUUAUCAGAUUGUUCUGAGCUUCAGAAUUGUUUGGAUAACUGCCGCAGGAGCUGCAAGAUAAAUAACCUUGUAGAUGUGCCUGUAAUCGGAAUAAGCUGGGGGCUGAUAUCUCCUCAUCUGCUGCUACUGCCAAAAGUGGACAUCAUUCUGGGAUCUGAUGUGUUUUAUCAACCCGAAGAUUUCGAAGCUGUGUUGACAACGGUUUUCUACCUCAUGCAAAAAAAUCCAAAUGCUGUGUUUUGGACCACAUAUCAGGAACGCAGUGCGGAUUGGUCAAUUGAAGCAUUGCUGCACAAGUGGAAUUUGAAAUGCAUUCACAUUCCAUUAAAGACAUUUAAUGCAAAUAAAGAACAUCUUGCUGGAUCAAGUCUUCCUGGAAAUCACACAAUUCAUAUGAUGCUCAUCAGUUUAAAGAACAAACUUCUUCCAUGAAUGUGAAGCUGGUGCAAAACAAAUGAUUACGAUGCUUCCCUUGUUAUAGAAAAUGUACUCAACAUUGGUAUAAAACAUGGUGAUAACAGAUGUAAAUACCUGUAUCGUACGUGAUCAAUUUUAAAACAAUGCAUUUCCAACAUUACUGCCUGUAUACUUAAAUUUUAUACAAAAUAAAAUACUUAGCCUUCA